AUGCUGGACAAAUUCCAGCAGAUUAACUUUGUGCAGUUAAAGGUGCGGCUGCUGAUUGAGAUCAUCUGGCCGCUGAUCCUGUUUAUGAUCCUGGUGUGGAUCAGGUCUAGUCGGCCUCCUUACAGUCAACAUGAAUGUCAUUACCCCAGUAAGGCCCUGCCAUCAGCCGGACUUAUCCCCUUCAUGCAGACUCUGAUCUGUAACUUUGACAACAAGUGUUACAACCAGCCUCUGGCAGGAGAGGCACCAGGGAGAGUGUUUGAGUUCAAGGACUCGCCGUUAUCCCAGCUGUAUUUUGACAUUGAUGAGCUGCUGUCCAACGACACAGAGCUGCUAGGACUGGAGAACCUGGUGGAAGACUACCAGGCACUGCAGGAACUGGUGGAGUUCUUCAACAACAGAACUGCAGUUGUACAUCGUAAGGGACAUUUUGGCACAGUCAGUCCUUAUCUUUAUAGUCAUACAUGGAAUUGUAUAACCUUCUUUGCAGGCUAUAAUAUGAGUCAUACUUUUCUGGGAGGUUUAUAGUUAUAAUUGUGCUCU